UAUCGUGACGUCAGAGGGUGCUUCCUCAGUGGCGCCCCCUGGCGGGGAACGCGUGCAAAAAGUCCAGCUCUUAGGCAUGUCCUGUUUACCGUUUCAUGCAGUUUCAUGCACUUUACUCAUAGCUCUCAAGUCAUUGGAGAAGAAAUCAAUGACGUCAUUCUUUUAUAAAGCAAUCGAAGGCUUCUAUUGAAAAUUUCAACUUGCUAGAGAGUCAGUAGCACUCUCUUAAUUUUUGUCGUCAUCAUUUUAUUGAUCGAUUACUUGAAGGCUUACAUGAGAAUAGACAAAUGCGACAAUUCGCUUAUUUGUCAAGUGUUGUCAAGCUAGAGAAAACUGUUUGAUAAUAAAUUCCAAGGUCCUAUAUACUACUAUUUCUUGGAAUUUCUGAGGGAUUUGUUGAAUGCUGGACUGUCUGAUUAUCUCCCGGUCUCCCCGCUGAAUGGAUGGAGGACGGCGCUGACGACUCGGCUCUACUGGAGCUGGAGAGGAAGGACUGGCAGAAGGCUCAGCGGCGGCUGCUCACGGACGCCUACAGGGAGGGCCGCUCGGACGGCGAGGAGUCCAACCUGCAGCAGCACUUUGACGUCGGCUACAAGGACGGUCUGGAACGGGUCUGGCCGAUCGCGCAGCUCAGAGGGCGGCUUUGUGCUGCGAUCGCGGUAUCUCACCUGCGCGAAGACCGCCCCGAGCUCACCGAACAGGCCGGGGAGAGCGUCUCUCAGCUUACCGAACUCGAGCGGAAACUAGGAGUCCAGCGGCGCUGCGGAGAGGAAGACCAGGCGGACAUAGCGCGUCUGCUCUCCGCCGGCGAGGUGGCGCUCGCGCGGCUAGUGGGACCGCGGGCUGAACCAGAGGGUGACGCAGUUGCAGAACUAUGAGUGCUGAGGCUGCUGAGCGCGCGGUGAGGGCCGGGGAGUGGCCGGAGGCGGAGCAUCAUCUGGCGGAGCUGACCGCCGGUCUCCGCGCCGACCCGGACUGUCUGUCCGCGGAGGGACUCGGUAUUGUGUCGGCACUGGUCAGGCUGGCGGAGGCAGAGGACGCGGCCGUAGUAUCGGCUCAGACGGAGGCGCUACGCUGCCUGAGGAACGCGGCCGCCGUGUCUGCGGAGCACCGGCAGCGACUGGCCGCCGACAGGGAGCUGAUUGGAUACCUGGCCGCGCUGCUGCGCCGGCCGCGCGACUCUGAACCGCGGCUGGUGGCGGCCCGCUGCGCCGUCCAGCUCCUGGGGAACAUGGUGUCAGCCGGCCAGUCGGCACAGACCGCCGUCUGGGAGGCUCUUCAGGAUCAGAUCCUCGAGCUUCUCUCGACAAACGACGAGAAACUACCUGCGUAUGCCGCCACGUUGAUGUUCAACACGGUCAAGGGUAACGGAGAGGUGCGCGCGAGUCUGCAGGCGCGGCCCGACUUCGGCUCGCUGGUCUCCAUGCUGCUGAUGCUGGUGACACUAGACUCGGAGUUCGCGCUGUUCUGCGUGGAGGAGCUGUGCGCCGCCGACUUUGUGUCCGUGUACCGUGCCGUGUCGGAGGUGCACUAUGCGGUUCUCCUGGACCUGGUUCUGGUGGCGUGCGAGGCCGGCCGGCUGCAGCUGCCCGCCGAGGCUGCCACCUUCCUCUCUGAGCGGUUCCUGACGCGCUCUCAGUCGCCGGUGGCGGCCGCCGAUCCGAUCGAGAUGAAGAAGAUCCUGGAGCUGCUGGGGGUGCUGUCGGCGGAGGACCGGCUCAGGCCGGUGCUGCAGAAGGACGACGUCCUGCUGGAGGCGGUGGUGCGCAUCCUGCGCGAGGUCCACGAACUCAGCAAGGAGGAGGGCACGGCGUUCAGCACGCUGGGGAAGCUGGCCGAAUUGGAACGCACCGGCGCCGCCGAGGAGCUGAGCGCCGAGCCGACGUUCGGCCUGAAGGCGCAGCUGGUGCGCCUGCUGGGGAACCUGGUGUGGCGGCGGCCGUCCGCGCAGCACGCGGCGCGCCGCUGCCGGGCCAUCCCCGUGGUCCUCGAGUGCUGUAACCUGGACGCGCGCAAUCCGCUGCUGCAGCAGUGGGCCGUGGUGGCCGUGCGAAACCUGUGCGAACUGUGCCCCGAGAACCAGCGCGAGAUCAGCGAGCUGAAGAUGGAGAGCGUGGCGCCGGCGGCCGCCGAGGAGCUGCGCAGGAUGGGGAUGACUACCGUGACCGAGGCGGGCCGGAUCCGCGUGCAGUCGGUCCCGCCCGGACAGUGAACGGGCCGCUGUGGGGGCUCAGCUCUGGCAGCUCGGUGAUAGGCGAGUGGUACGGGUCGGUGGCGGAGUCGGUGAUGUGCAACCUGCGAUAGCGAUACUACUCCCGGUGUUACCGUCGUUUGCAUUCGUUCGCGGGACGCCAUUUGACACUGCUUCUUGUAGCUCACUUUGAGCUUGUGAGCUGUGAUACGCUGCCAAUUCGACAAAUGACGAAAUGGUGUUCUUUAUCACCACCAGUUACCUCGUUCCCAGCAUUCAAAGAUCUAACAUGCAAUACAGUUUCAGGUGAUAUGGAU